AGAAGGCUCUAGAACGCUGGCAUGAGGAGGAGCUCCGGGAUGAUGGACGUUACAAAAGUUGAGCCAGACAAGAAGGCCGCACUCUGUUCUUCUGUCAUGGAAGAACUAAAAUGUUUACUUGGCUGCAAGGAAAGACCACUAAGCACGUUAUUGUGCAUUUAAACAGGUAUAUGUGGAUUUCCUGGCUUCCCAACACGCUAUUAUCUGGAGAACUUCUAACCAGACACUGUGCUAUAGUAACAAAUCCAGCAUCAAUUUUUAGAACGUUAUGCAGACUCCAUAAACUUUUCUACUGUAACAUACAAGUUUCAGCCAAUAUCUUUAGCAGACGGAGGAAUCUUUGAGUUGUAUUUUGUUAGUGUGAUGCUCUAUGAAUGAUAUUGAGCUGCCUGACAUGUUAAGCGCUCAUUCACUCUCCAUCAUAACUUCCAAGAUGGCGGCGCACGGACACGCCAGCCCUUAGCUCCCCAUGUAGAUGCCACUUUUUCAUUUAUUAUAACCCGGCUGAACUUGUCACACUUCUGAACUCUCAGCACUGAUCUCAAACAUUCUGAUGCAAUACCCCACAUGUGCAAUUUCCAUAUUUAUGUGCAUUUAGUCCACUUGAAAACUCUACCUCUUCAAACUAAAUUACAAGCACCUUAUUGUAUAUAUAUAUCUUGUACAUAUAUAGUUUCUGUACAUACUCUCCCAUUCUAUUUAUGCCUCAGAAUCUAUUUAAUUGUAAAUAUACUGUGCAUCUGCUGGCGUGUUCCAAACUAAAUCUCAUUGUACUUAAAAUGACAAUAGCCAGCAUCUAUCUAUCUAUCGUCUUUGGACAUGCAGGCUUUACUUUCAGCUUUAAUGUCUGCACACAUGCACUCCACCACAGUUUCUGAUGAAGAUGUGCUAUAUUUAAAAACCAUCAAGCACCACAAACUAGAAAGUAAGAGUUCACUCGUAGCAAGGUGACGAUUGCUGGGUUUGGUGGGUGGUUGGGGAGGAGGGCAGACUGGAAGAAGUGCUACUGUUUUUUUCCCCUCUGCGUGGAGCAAGAGAAGCGUAUAUAUAAGCAGGGUUUGGAUGGAGAUGUUAGAAAUCCUCCUUCUGUCAAAAUGAUGCCUGCAAGCUCACCUUUCUUCGGCCUCUGUCUACUGAUGCUCUUCCUGAAUACUCCAUCCAGCCAAGCAUUAGCUGGUCCAGUGGCCUCCUGUUGUCUGAAAACCCAAGACGCCAAAGCUCCCCUGGGGAGGCUGGUGAGCUACCACAUGCAGAAUGCAGUGUGUGCAGUGGAAGCAGUUCAGAUCAAGACUGUAUUGGGCAUUACCAUCUGCUCGGAUCCAUCGAGCCCCUGGGCACAGAGGGCCAUGCGGUACCUGGAUGGCAAGAAACUGACAAAAACAGCAACUCCACUUAUGUCCACAGCAUAACCUUUGACCCCUGACUUGUCUGGCAGCACCUAUAUAUUAUUAUUAUUAUUAUUAUUAUUAUUAUUAAAAUGAACUGGCACAUAUAUAAAGAUUAUGGUUUGACUAUAGAUAAUGGACAAAUGGUUGGAAGAUGGAUGGAUGGGCAAAUUUUUCUGAAUGUAUUUCAUUUACGUGAUUGCACAGUGCACAUAAUUACACCUAGAAGUUGUAUUUAUGUCAAAGCUAUACAUGUAUAUAAGCUAUAUUUAUUUAAUAAAACGGUUAUUAUCAAA